AUGUUUCGUCCUUUUCAUAAAACUACAACACGCACUUCUGCAUUCCUUCGGACUUCCAACUUUUCAACUUCAUUACCUGGCCUUGGACGUGGAGGUUCUGGGCCAAUUUCACUUGGUGGAAAAACUUUUACCUUUGGAGAACAACUACAGCUUAAACAGGGUCGUGAGAGUCAGCUUAAACAGGGUCGUGAGAGUUCACAAAAAAAAACAAUUCCUCAGCCUG